UUAUUAGGCUUAAAGCUGUGGAGAUUGCUCUUAAUGAAAUAGAUGAAACAAAUCAUAUUGUCAGUCAGUUGGAACUGCAACUGGCAGAUUAUGACACCAUGCCAUCUGAUGAGGAGACACUUCAGAGGAUUCACAACCAUCUGGGAGACUUACAGGGGGAGGUAAAGAGAGGUCAACCAGUACUUGACCAACUGAACGAAGAUGCAGUAGAAGUUCGACGUACAACAGAGCAGAGUCGUCCCAAACAAAUCAAACAUCCUGAUGUGAAGAAAAUGGAAGAUGACAUUGUAAAAUUAACAAAACGUUGGGACAGAGCUUGCAGUCAGGUGGUGGACAGAUUAAAGAGUUGUGAAAAUGCAGCAUCAAUGUUGAAAAACUACAAGAAGAAAAUCGAAAAGGAAGAACAACCAUGGAUUGAGGAGAUGACCCAGAAGGUCAACAAUCUUAAGUCAGUUAAAUAUACACCACCCAAGCAGGCAGAAGUCAAAAUUCAACCUGCUCUGGACCUGUAUAAUGCUUUAGCUCAGAGAAAACCUGAAAUUGAAAAUGCCAAUACCCUAGGUGGAAAAUACAUAAGAGAAGCUAAGAUGUACGACAUAUGCAUCAGACAUUACAGAGAAAACUUGGUGGAAAUCUUUCCCUUUCUGGAAAGCACUGUGAACAAGAAAGCUAAAGUUCUUCCUGGUGCUGAUACAGUCAGCCAAGAACUUGACUCUCUUAAUGAGCAGUAUACAUAUCUGGUUGAUACUGUGUUAUCAUAUCUGAAGAACUUACAGGAAUAUCUGUCUGGACAUAGAGAGUAUCAGUAUUCCUUCACAUUCAACGAAGUCAUGCCCAUCACUUUACGGACGUACCGCACAGAACUGAUAAUAGACCGUGUGGCUUCACCUAGAACAGUAGAAGUGGAUUUAUAUCCUUACAUUGUAGAAGGAGAGACUGCUUUCCACACUGGGACUGUCACUCAAACUGUCAAGUACACUGUUGGUUCUGAAACUCCUGACUAUGACACAGAGAUGCAAAAAUCAUCCUCUACUUUCACGGUAAAAACUUCAGAUACUUCGCCCACCAUAGCUUUAAAGGCCAAACCUUUAAUACCUUCAGAAGAUUCAUCAUGGUUAUCCUCGGUGGAGCCACCGAGCUCUUCAAUGACCUUCUCUGAGAUUAGGAGUGCCAAAAGAUUACAGAAAUGUGAUCAGUCAACCAAUACAGAACACAUUGUUCUGAUUAAAGGAAUUACAAACACAGUAACACAGGAAAAACUUACAAUCAGUGAAGCUAUCGAAGAAAGUAUUUUAAAUGUUAAAACUGGUCAGUAUUUAGAUCUUAGGGCUGGUAGACGAAUUAAUAUUGAAGAUGCAGUUGUUCAAGGUUUGGUUGACUCUAAUUUUGCUGAUCGAAUUACCGAAGUAUGUGGCAUUGUUGAUAAGAAAACCGGUAUUGAACUGACCGUUUUAGAGGCAAUUCAGAAAGGUCUGUUUGAUCCAAAAGAGGGGAACUUCCUAGACCCUAAAGAAGGUAGACCUUUAACUGUUGAUGAGGCUGUGACUCUUGGAAUUGUUAAAGAAAACAAGGUACAGCUCUUAGUUAACAAGGGGAUCAUCAAGACAUCAAAACUGACCAUCAUCCAGGCUGUCCACAAGGGAUUGAUAAAUGAUGAAACUGGAGUUUAUAAAGUACCAGGUUCAAGUGAAUUACUGUCCAUUCCUGAAGCCUUCACCCGAGGUUUUCUUGUGGGGGAACCUGCUAUCCGAAGUGAAGGAGGAGUGACUCUUAAAGAAGCUCUUGAAAAAGGAAUGGUGCAUGAGAGGUCAGGCCAGAUCCUCGAUCAUGUGUCUGGAGAGAGAUUUACACUUGAUGAAGCUGCUGACAGAGGAAUUUUACAUUCUGACUUUAAAGAAAUUGUUGAUUCAUCCACAGGAGAAUUUUUCACCAUUUCUGAAUCUAUACAACAUGGAUUGAUCAAUCCACAAGUUGGGUGUUACAUAUCAAGUAUAACACACAAGCAGGAAACGUUUCACCAAGCUCUUCAGCAAGGGUUAGUACGACAGCCUUUGGUUCUGAAAGAUUUACUGAGGCAGGGAUUACUAAGUGAUGAUGGAAAAGUAACUAAUCCAGUUACUGGUCAUAAACUCUCAUUGUUAAAGGCAAUGUCUUUUGGUGUUUUGGAAACAACAAAACAAACCAUUGUUAACCCCAAUACGCAAGAGUUAGUGACAAUACCUGAAGCACUGGAGAAAGGCAUUCUAACUCCACAUGGACUAUUUAAAAACACCAAGACUAAAGAGACCAUUUCUCUUUCUGAGGCUGAAGAUCAGGGGUUCAUUGUUUCAGUUUGUUUUAAGAAGGUAUUUGAUGUAGAGGGAAUAACAGAUUCAUCAGAAGAAGGGAAUAUUAGCUUUACAAAAGCAGUGAGUAGUGGUUUAAUAGACCUUAGCUGUGGUAAGUUUGUUGAUAUGUCUACCGGGAAAAGAAUUAAUUUUGAAGAGGCUGAACAAAGAAAACUUAUUCAGCCUCAGUUAUAUGAAAUGUUAAGGGAUAAAGUUGGUAUUGUGGAUGAAAGAGGUAGAGAACUGACACUUCUGGAUGCUAUUUUUAAAAGCUGUUUAGAUUAUAAAACUGGGCUGGUCAGAGAACCCCGAACCAAGAAACCACUUCCGUUGUAUGAAGCUGUUUACAAAGGGUUUAUAACCCAAGAGGGAGCUGCUGUUUUGAAAGGUCUGCUCAAUAUUAAGGUAAAUGUGGUGGACACAAAGAAAUUUACUCAUUCUGUGACUGUGUCAAGACAGUGUAGAGAGAAGAUGAUCUACCAAAGUGAAGACUGUCAGGAGUUUGGUAAUUUUAUAUAUAAACAAGACAUGAGAAUACCAGUGUCUGAAACUCAAAGUUAUGAGCCACGUACUUCACCUCCUGAUGAACACAUGGAAGUAAAUGGUCUUCAGUCUCAAAGAUUUUUUGAUUCUAGUUAUCAUGAGGAAGAAGAAAAAAAAAUCUUAAACAUAAAACAUUAUCGUCAGAAAAUAAUUACUCAGGAAGAGAAAGUACAAAUGACAGAUAUUUCUGAGACAUACAAAAAUAUCUCAAAAGAGACAACAGAGAAUCAAAAUCCAGAAAGACCUGCAAGUUUUGUUCCUACCAUUACAGAGCUUAAAUCAUUUCAACUUAAGUUAGAAACUGAAGCUUCUCAAAAAAAUAGAGAAAAUACAGAAAUAAUGUUGGAGAGAUACAAGAAAAAUAUUGUGCCUUCUACAUCUGGGAAGCCUCCAGUGACUUAUCACUCUAAUGGAAUGAAUGCAUAUGAUGAUGAGAAGUUAACAAACAGUUUCCAUACAAUGAGUUGUACUAGAACCGUGCAGGUGCCACCUGGUGGCUGGUUUUUGGAAGAUGCUAUUCAUCAGAAUCUGUUUGAUGCAGAAUUAGGACAUUUUCAAAUCCCAGGGACUACAAAAAAAGUUUCUUUUAAGGAGACAAUUACAUUAGGUCUUGUCAAUCCUAGAUCUGCUUCUGUUUAUGAUCCAUCAAGUAAAACAUGGCUCUUUUUGUCAAGUUCAUUAGACAGAGAGUUACUUGAUGCUAAUGGUAAUUUUAUUAAUGUCAGAAGGAAAGAAUAUCUUCCUAUGAAAGAAGCAAUUCAAAGAAAUCUCAUCAUGUUUGAAAAACCAAUGGACAUUGAGUAUAAAACAACUAAGGUUAUCUAUAUAUCUCAGGCUGAAGGUCAACCAGAUCAAAUUGAAAUACUAACUGAACCCUGUCCUCAGCCUGCUGUUCCUGUAGAGUCUAAACCUAAAUUGGUAUUUUCUGAAAUAAAAAGUACUCCGAUAGUAUCCACAGAAGAUAAAAGUGUUUCUACCUUUUCUCAAGGCUGUGUAAAGGUGGCGCCAGGUUUGUUUUAUGAAUUAGGGACAGGAGAUGUCCUUGAACAGCAUAGUGGAAAGAAAAUGAAGUUGAUGGAAGCUGUUAAUAUGGGUACAGUUGAUGGCAGACAGUUUCAGGUAUUUAAUUCCAUAAGAGGUGAAAAAUUUAACCUUAUUGAAGCUAUUGAUGCUGGUCUUGUAGAUAGACAAAGUGGAGAUUACAUUCACCCAACACUGCGUAAAAGAAUUCCAUUGAAAGAAGCUGUAAUGGAAGGUCUGUUAUACUUCUUUCCUGGAGAUGAAAAUCUUUUCAGUCAGACUUUAUUAACAUCUGCAAGUGAACAAUCUCAAGUUCAUAACUUAACCAAGCCUCUUACCAGUAGUGAACAAGUCAAGAUCAAUGAUCUGAUUAGGACCACCAAUAUCUCAGACUUUACGCAAUUCAGAGUCACUGAUGCACUAACUGGACAAGACCUUGCUUUAGAAGAAGUGACAGCUAGAGGAUUAACUGAACCCACAGCAAGUGAGCAGUAUACAGAAUCUUUCAAACAUCAAACUUAUGUGCAGGCUUCUGAAGAAAACCUUAUAAUUAACAAAUCACACACAGUUAACAUUCGAGAGCCAAAAACAGGCCGUGAGAUGACUCUAGAGGAAGCAUUGGAAGAAGGCUUAAUAAAUGCUGACAUGAUUUCCAAAAUCCAUCAUGGAUGGCAGCUACAAGGUUAUGAAGUCAGUACAGCCAUCUCUGUAACAGUUGUUGACCCAAUAAGUGGUGCACCAUUAUCCUUAGAGACUGCUAUCGCUAGAGGUUUGAUUGGGUCUGAUACAAUUGAAAAGAUCAAAAGGAGAGAGGAUAUUGAAGUAAUUUCUACUAAACAUAAAGAUGUUAUCGAUGGUAAGAAAAUGCCUUUAAAUGACCAGUCCUCAGAAGGUGAGCAUCAGCCUCAUCCUUGUAUCGAAACAUUUCCAACAAGGUAUCUUGGUAAUGAAAGUAUUAGAAUACCAUCUCCUGAUCCAAAGAGUAGAAUAUCUGAGCCUAGAUUUGAAGUUACUUUUGGUAGAGCCAGAUCAAUUGAAUCUCCACAAAAGAAGGCUCUUGUACCUCACAAAGUUCGGAGAAGACCUGUUGUCCCAAAAGAUGCUGCAAAAAAAGGACUUCUAGAUGAUAAAACGGCAAAAAUUCUGGAUUCUGCUAAGGUCCUGACUGGUCCAAAUGGUCAUCAAAUGAGUUUGAAGGAAGCUAUUAGAUUAAAUCUGAUAGAUGGCAAUAGUGGAGCUAUACCUGAUCCAUAUAGAGGUGAAAAAUUAACAAUAAAAGAAGCCCUUGAGAAAGGCCUUCUAGAUCCGGCAAGUGGCACUUUGUUAAUGCCAGUGGGUCGUAGUUUAACUCUGCCAGAAGCUGUAUUUCAAGGUCUGGUACAGCCUGUGAUGCAAAGAAUUAUUCAUCCAGAGAUUGGUGAGAUUUUACCAUUAUAUGAAGCCAUCGGUUGUGAAAUCAUCAAUCCAGUUUCUCAGGUUGUUCAUCCUGUUUCACACCAACAUAUCACCCUGGAAGAGGCAGUCAGCAAAGGUAUCAUUGACCACAUCACUGCUGAAGUGCACAUGCCUAUUGGUAAAAUUAGUUUGGUUGAAGCUGUACAAAAACAUAAUGUUUUUGAUCAGCCUUCCAUUGUCCAAGAGGAGUUUUUACCUCCACUAGGCUUUACAUUUCCUGUUGCUCUAGAGCACAGAUUUAUAGACACCAUCACUGCUGAAUUUAUUCAUCCAGUAACUGCAAAUCGCAUUCCACUAGAAGAGGCCAUGUUUUGUGGUUUGAUCAUGGUUGUUCCUGUUCCACCACUCCCACACAGUGUUAACAUAAUAGAGGCUUUACAGAAAAGAAUGAUUAAUCCUGAUCAUUGCUCUAUCAAACAUCCUACCACUGGCCAGGAAAUCGCUGUCAGAGAAGCAGUGGACAACGGUCUCCUACAGAUAACACCUAUGACUGGCCAAGCAGAAGUAAAAUCUAGUGUUUCUCAAAUCACAACUUGGCAGUCUUCUAAAUCAUUCCUCCCAGAUGGGUUCAUAUUGGACCCCAGUUACAUUAUGGUUGGACCUGAUGAGGUAAAGUAUACUAGGACUGGUCAAGUGAUGACUGUCACGGAUGCCCAGAAUCGUGGUAUAAUGAGGAAAAUUACAGAAGGUGGUACACAUGCUCUUCCAAUGACUAUUACAGAAGCUCUGAAAUGUGGCACAGUAGACUUGCAAGAAGGAACAUUUACUUUUGGUACUGGCCGUGAUCCAAUACCCAUAUAUCAUGCUAUAACUAGAGGUCUUGUUGUGGAAGAUGACAAACCCAUAGAGGGAGUAAAAAAAUAUACAGUAAUGCAGGCAUGUAAGUACCUCUAUGAUACCAGAAUUGAAAUGUUCAAAGAACCAGAAAUGGGAAGAUAUACAUCUUUUACCAGGUUGGUCAAGUUAGGGGUGAUUGAUUUGGAUCAUUUUUUGUAUGAUACUCACACAAGAGAACUCAUGACAGUGGAAGAGGCUUUGCAUCAAGGUAAGUUGGAUGGAAAAACUGGAAAAUUUAUUGAUUCUGUCAACAACAAAAAGAUUUAUGUCACUGAAGCAACCAAGUUAGGGUUAUUAUUAUGUAUUGAUAGGUCAUGUCUUGAAAAUCAAGCUGAAUAUGUUAAAGUGAAGAAAAUGCCACCUUCAGUAGAGGCAAAACCUUGUGCUGAUUUAUCUCCAGAAGCUGAUGAUAAAAAACCCAAAGAAAAGGCUUCAUUCGGAGUACAUUUCCAAGAGGAUUCACUGAGAAGUACAAAUCAUGAUGUGAAACCCAUUUCCAAUGAAAGAAUUUGCUUACAAGAAGCACUAGCGAAUGGAAUUAUUAACCGAGAAAGAACCCAUAUCACUAUACCUAGUAUUGGCCAAAGACUGAAAUUGCAGUAUGCAUUACAGAACAACCUUGUUUCUGAAAACAGCAUUAUUGAAUUACGCAGCAGAACAGAAGCUGUGCUGAUUGAACAGUCUACCCAACUACUAGUGGAUGACCCACUGAGUAUGGCCUUUGCUGUUAAACAUGGAUUUUAUGAUCAAGAAGAAGGUGUUUUCUUGAACCCAGAAACUGGAAGUUACCAACCAUUCUCAGACUUUGUGUCACUUGGUGUAUUAGAUGCACACAGAAUAAAAGUCAAAGAUCUUCGUUCUUGUGAAUAUGUGAGUCUGUCAGAAGCACUUUACACUGUUAUAAUAGAUAGGAAUACUGGCCAAAUGGUAGACCCCAAAACAGGUGAAAGAGUUCCAUUCUUUGAUGCUGUUAAACGUGGAUGGAUUAUUUAUCUUCAGGACACAGAUAGAGAUCAUAAAGUUAAUAAGCCUAUGACUUUCAAGUAUGCAAUAGAAAAUGGCUUAUUUGAUGGCAAUAAAGGAUUGGUUAAGUGUACAGCCUCUUCAGAACCAAUUCCUUUAGGAAAGGCAUUAAUAUCAGGAGAAUUAGACUCUAGUUCUGUUUCUGUUUACAAUCCAAAGAUGGAGGAUAUAAUGACUGUGAAAGAAGCUGAAAAAGCUGAUAUCCUUGAUCUUGCUACUAAUAUUUAUAUAAAUCCCAUAACUUCCCAGGAAAUAUCUUUAGCAACAGCUUAUAAGAGAGGGUUGAUUCUUGUUUCACAACGACCGAUGUCUUUGGAAGCCGUCAUCAAGAAAGGUCUUUAUAACCCAACUUCUGGGUCUGUUAAAGACCCAGUUACUAAUCAACAGAUGGAUCUUGACCAGGCUAUCAAAAAAGGUCUUAUAGAUGCUUUUAUCACUGAAGUGAAAGACACCAAAAAUGAUAACCUGCUAUCCCUAGAUGAAGCAUUAGAGAUGCGUAUUGUCAUGUCAAAAUCUGGAAAAAUGAAAGAUACAGCUAGAAAUUCCACUCUGUCUUUAGAUGUGGCUUUACGUAAAGGCUUGAUAGUGACAAAUCGUAUACAGAUGUCUCUUGUUGAUGCUGUUAACCAGGGUCUGUAUAUAGCAGAUACAGGAAGAUUCUCAGAUCCAGCCACUGGAAAUGAAGUAACUCUUUCUGAAGCUGUUUCUAUUGGAUUCAUAGAUGUUGAGUCAGUGAGGGUGAAAGACAUCCAGUCUGACUCAUUGGUCAGCUUGAAAGAAGCCAUGGCCACUGGAUUGGUGGAUAAAGAAGCAGGAAUAUUAACUUUUCCUAAUCCUAUGUCACUAGAUAUUGCACUUUUGAAAGGAUUUUUUGUAACAACAAGGUUUCCCUGGGCUCUCCAGGAGGCUCUAGAACAUAGAAUGUAUGAUCCAGAAACAGGAUUAAUGAUUGAUCCAGGCAGUGAAGAAAAGAUAACACUUGAAGAAGCCAUUAGGCGUGGCUGGGUUGAUCGUGAGGCCUUAACUUUGAAGGAUCCAAGGUCAAGUGACAUUUUAAGCUUGUCAGAGGCUAUUCGUGUUGGAAUAAUUGAUCCAGUUUCAGGCAUGGUUACUGAUCCAACUGUAGGGUCAGAGAUGCAUUUAUUUGAUGCUCUUGAUCGAGGCUUAAUCAUUCCUGCAAAGAGGAGGUUUUCACUUCCAGAGGCUAUCUAUAAAGGGUUUUAUGACCCCAAAACUGGCAGAUUUGUAAGUCCAGAUUCACAGGAAAAACUGUCUACUGACCGUGCUUUACGUGGUGGGUUUAUUGACUCGGCCUCAACCCUGGUUAGGGAUGAAAUGUUAGGUCAAAUUUUUCCUUUUCAUCAAGCUGUGGAAAAUGGAAUUAUUGAUAUUAAGGAAGGAAAAGUCAAAGUAAAUAAAAUAGGAAAGAAAAUCAAUUUCCAGGCAGCUUUUGACCAAGGACUUUUGAUAGAAAUCAGAAGACCAUUGACCCUGUGGGAAGCUAUUCAGAAAGGUGUAUAUAAUGAGGUAAAUAGCAAGUUCUUGGACCCAGCAAGUGGCCAAUGGCUUACCUUAAAAGAAGCUAUUGCUUGCCAAUUAAUUGACCCAGAUUCUGUGCAUGUCAAAGACACUAGGACUGGGUUCUUAAAGAAGCUUACUCUGAUCAAUGCUAUUGAAGCUGGACUUGUCAACGGGGAAUCUGGAAAGAUUGUACAGCCAGAUGGACAAGAGGUUUCUUUGGUAAUAGCCUUCAAGUUAGGAUUAAUUAUUGAAAGUAAAAUGGCUCUCUCUAUACAGAAAGCAAUCCAUCAAGGAUUUUAUAGUGAAGAAACAGGGAAAUUUACUGAUCCAAACACGGGGAAAAAAAUUACUCUUCAUGAAGCCAUUCGUCGUUUUGUUAUAAAUGCUUACCUUCCAUGUUACUGGGAUAAGUCUAAUUACAAGCUGUUAAACUUGAUUGAAACAGUUAGGGCUGGUGUGAUAGACCGCAGAGCUGGAACAUUUAGAAAUCCAAGUUUUAACCUAGACAUGCCCCUCAACUUGGCUCUUGAAAAAGGUCUGAUUGUAGAUAUUGAACAACCUUUCGGUUUGUACGAUGCCUUAUCAAUGGGUCUGUAUGAAGUGCAGAGUUCCAAAUUUGUUCACCCAACCAAUGGGCGACAUCUGUCACUAGAAGAAGCACUUAAGGAAGAGGUUAUAAAUCCUCAUAUAUCAAUAGUUAAAAAUAAAAGAACUGGUAAGUAUCUAAAGUUGAUUGAAGCCAUUAAUACCAAAAUUAUCAAUCCAUGUAGAAGUUGCUAUCUAAUUCCUGGCACUACUCAGGAGUAUAAUUUGUAUGAAGCUUUAGAGGAAGGCUGGAUUGUGAGUGCCAACAAACCACUGACUCUUGAGGAAGCUGUAAAAAUGAAACUUUUCCACAUGGAAAGUGGGAAAUUUACCGAUCCCUUAAUUGGUGACCAAUUGGACCUUGCUCAAGCAAUUGAACAUGGCCUUAUAGAUGGACAAACAACUUCUGUCAGAGAUUCUAACACUGGAAAGCUGAAAUCCAUUCGCAGUGCAAUGGAAGAAGGUGUUGUCAGUGUUCAGGAUGGUACAGUGAAAGACCCUACCUGUGGGAGGAUGAUACCUCUUCCACUGGGAUUUGAUCGUGGUAUUCUGGUUACUACAGAGAAACCUAUUACAUUUCAACAGGCUGUUCGGAGAGGUUCCAUUGACUUUUUGAAAGGAACUUUCAAAGAUCCAAGGACCAAGAUAGAGUGCACUCUAGAGGAGGCUGUCAGACAUGAGUUGAUAGAUCCAGAGUCAGCUGUGGUGAAGGAUCCAAAUACUGGCUUUUUCAAGACUGUCAAAGCAGCAAUUAGAGAAGAAUUAAUUGAUAUAAAAAAAAGAGCAAUGUUUGACCAUAACACUGGGAAGGCUAAAACUUUAACCAUUAUUUUUGACCAAGGAACUGUUAUUUUCUUAAGAGAACCCAUGACAUUUGACAAAGCAGUGGACAGUGGCAGUCUGAAUAUGGUCACUGGUCUGUUCAAAGAUCCAGAGUCUAAAGAAAUUCUGAUUUUUCAUGAAGCUAUUAGACUUGGAUUGGUGGAUCCAGACUCUGCUGUUGUUAAAGAUACAAAAAAAAAGAGGGUUUUGAAACUGAGUAAUGCUUUCAUUGAAGGUGUGCUGGACCCAGACAAGAGCACAGUUCUCAAUACAGCCACUGGUCAGUUCUUAACUAUUGGUGCUGCGUAUGAAUCUUCCUUGAUUAUUACUCCAAGUAGAGCACUAUCAUUAAUCGAAUCCUUAGAGUAUGGAAUAUAUGAUCCUGAUAAUGGUUUAUUUGAAGAACCAUUCAGUGGGAAACUAAUUAACUUAAAAGAAGCCAUUGAGUCAGGAUUAAUAGACACAACAGUUACAGUAAUAAGAGAUCCAAGCACAGGACGUAUACUAACAAUCCAGCAAGCCAUCCAAGAAGGCUUGCUGGAUCCAAAAACAGGCUACAUCAUAGAUCCUGGGACAGGCAGAACAGUUAACCUUUUGGAUGCCCUGAAGAAUGGGUGGCUGAUUCCGGCAGAAGCCAGGAUGGCUGUCGAGGAAAAAUACAGACUCUGCGAUGACAGUCUUUCAAAGUUACUAACUUGGAUUGCAGAUGUAGAGAUGCAACUUGCUGAACUUGGACUGGUGAGAGAAAAUGUUGAUGAACUUCAGCAACAGCUCGACUCGGCAAAGGUUAUAAAGGAUCACCUAGAUGAUCAGCAGAGGCCAGUCACUACCUGCUUGGAUCAAGUUCGUCAAGUUGUUCAACAAGGAGCUGAUGUUCUGAGCAAGGAUGAGAUUCAUCAAAUCCAGAAGGACUCGGAUAACCUCAAGAAACGCUACGAUAGAACAAACACAGAAUGUGAAAGGAUUGUUAGAAAACUUACCUCAGCUCAAGAUGAGCUAAGGAAGUUCUCCAGUGAACACCAAACAUUCAGAGACUGGCUGCAUCGUGCUCAGCAAACUCUCGUGGAGAAGGAGAAAGACAUGGGUGAUCUCCACCGUCUCAAGGACAGUAGUGACAGUUAUCGUGUGUUUGCAAAUGAUGUUUUAGCCCAUCAAGCAGACUUGCGAUUUAUUACUAUGGCUGCCCAAAAGUUUAUGGAUGAAUCAAAGGAAUACACCAAAGUCUUGAAUGACUUCAGAACUAAUCUUCCUCAUCGUCUUUCUUAUCUGGAACCAAGGGAUAGUAUGGUCAAAACUGAUGUAGCAAAAGUGACUUCAGCUUAUCAGGACUUGUUAUCCCAGGUCACCCGCCUCAGUGACCAGUUGUUUGGACUAGGUGAGAAACAGAGACAUUAUGCAGACUGUGUAGAAAAGGCUACAAUGUGGCUCACAGAUGUUCAGAAAACUGCCAAGAAACUGAUAGAGGAACCAGUGGCAGCUGAACCUAGAAUCGUACAAGAUCAGCUUGACAGAGUAAAGGCUCUCAGCCUGGACGUUGUCAGUCAGAGCCGUCUAAUCACCAGUGUUAAGCAAGCUGGUAAGUCCCUGUUAGACAGCUUAGAGGAAACUGAUGUCAGUCAGGCAGAAAAGGAAUCGGUUAAGAAUAGAGUUAAAAAGUUGGAAGAUGACUACAACAAGCUUAACAGUAGCCUCAACGAGAAGAGCAAUGAGCUUCAGACAGUACUUGUUCACUCUCAGGACAUUCAAGAUGGAAUUGACCGACUGUUGAAGUGGCUAGAUGAAGCUGAAGGAAAGCAGCGUAGUCAGAGCAAGUCUGUAAGUCUUGUCCGUGAACGUCUAGAGGAACAGGUGCAGGAACACAGGAUAUUUCAGUCGGAUAUUAACAGUCAGAGACCGACUAUUGAUGCUGUAAAUAACUCUGCAAAAGAUUUACUCAACAGCUCCAAUCCUAGGCUUACCAAGAAAGUUGAAUCAAAACUGCGUGAUGUAAACACAAGAUUCGAAAAGUUAUGUGACAGAGCCCAUAAAAGAAAAGAAUUGUUGGACGAGAUAUCAGCAUUAUUGUCAUCAUUUGAAAAGCUGGCUAGUCAUGUUGAAGAAUCUUUUGACCACAUGUUAGAGUCUGUAGAAGGAUACGACAAUCAGCAGUUAAGUGCUCAUGAAUAUGCAACCCAUAUUGAAGAUGUGUUGAAUCAACGCAAUUCCAAAAAGGACGACUUUGAGCAAGUUGUCGCAACUGGUAAAAGUCUGGUGAGUAAGAGAGAUGUAACGGAUACCACGACAGUUAAGGAGAAGAUCAGGAGCCUUGAGCUACUGUGGAAAGAGCUUUAUGAUGCUCUAUUGGAGAGACAGAAGGCUGGAAAAGUCCGUGCCGAACAGCUCUCAGCAUAUGAGACUCUCAGGCAAAAGGUGUUUAGCUGGUUGACCACCAUGGAAACCAAGGUGGAAAAUCUUGGUCCUGUUGCCGUAGAAAAGGAGAUGCUGCGGAAACAAGCCAUGGAGAUUAAACCCCUGGUCAAGGAACAUUCAGACUAUGCAAUCACUAUUGAUAAAGUCAAUGAUUUGGGAAAUUCUUAUGAUGCUAUUUUAAGAGGAGAGCCAGCUCGUAGACUUUCGGGUAGUCCAAUAAAAAGAUCUUCCAUUGGCUCACCAACAUCCACCUUCAGAAAGGCUUCAUCUAAAUUGCGACGAACUUCAGAAGGCCAUUCCCCCUCUCCAAGUAGACAACUGCUUUACCAAAGUCCUAAUAUUGACCGAUCACGUGAAAUGGAAG